UGUUGGGAGCUCAAAAAAGGGAAUGAGCUGGCUAAACUGUACAUGGGUGCAAAUGCAUCUGAGCAUGCUUCAGAGGGCUCCACAGAGAAACUGCACUGCCUCCCUUCUCAUUUCUUCCAGAGCAACUUCACUGGCGAUCUGAACUGCCAGAGACCCAGGCAAAGGGAGUGAGUUAGGCAGCCAAUGGAGAGCUAUUGGAGUUUCACUGGGAUCCAGAUAAUGGAGCCAAUGAAUUCACUUGAGACUGCAGACUCGCAGCCUGCUGUCCCACUGUCUCCCUCUAUUUGUGUUCCUCUCACACUGAGAGAUGGUGAGUGUUACCAUGUCUUCGUUAGCUACAGCAGCACUGACUACCAGUGGACCCACUCCCUCAUCAACCAGCUGGAGUCCUGGGGCAUGCAGGUCUGCUUCCAUGACCGUGACUUCACUCCUGGCCGCACCGUGUGGGACAACAUGUCCAACUGCAUCCAGGAGAGCCAGAAGGUCUUGCUGGUUCUCAGCAAAGAGUUUGUGAGGAGCCGCUGGUGUCUCCUGGAGGCUAACAUGUCACUGUUAAGAGACUGCCUGGAGAGGAAGCCCAUCAUCCCAGUGCUGCUGGAGCGAGGGGUCUCUGUUCCUCUCCACCUCUGCCACCUCACCUACCUGGAGGGCAACGACCCUGACUUUAUGAAUAAACUACUCAAGGUGAUCUGCACGUCCAACCAGCAGCUUCAAGGGUCCACUGUGAUGCCCUUCCAGCCUCCGUCUAUAUACAACGGUAAGGCCCUGCAGCCUUUGACUGCUGUCAAUGAUGAGGAGCUCUAUAAAUGGGAUUCUGGUCAGUUCAGUGACAUGGAGGUGCCAGACCAACUGCGCCUGAUCGUUGAGGACCAAGAGAAGUACAGAACGGCUAUUAGUCUCUGGAAGAAGGAUGAUGAGAAGUACAUAGUGAGGGAGAUGCAGAAAGUCAUAGGUCAAGCAAACACAAUCCUCUCUGCGGAGAAGGUGUUAAUGGGCUGUCGGUCCAAUUCAAAAAUCUAUCUGGUGUAUGUUUCUCUGGACAGUUGCAAAGAAGAGUUUGCAGGAACAUUUUCAGAGCAGGAUGGUGCUGAAGAUAUGUUUCAAAAAGCUCUGAUGUUCUUCUCAUCAGGUUACGCCUGCUGCCUUGCUAAAAGACACUUUCCCUUUCCCCAGCCCAGCUCCACUGGUCACCUGGAGCGAGGGGUGUGUUUCUGUCAGUAUGUCUCCGAGCAGCUGAAGACAGGGCAAUGGGAAUAG